UUGUGUGCCUGACAGCUACGGCCUCCAGCUUUCUCUUUACCCAACAAUCAUGUUUCUUCGUUUCCGUUUUGUACCUUAAAUCCUUUCAAAAUUAUCUCUCUUCCUGGUCCUCUGGUUUGGAAACAUUCCGGUGAGUUUGAUCAAAAGAAAUAAAGUAGUGUGUUAUAUAAAAUGGCGGCCCUGGAUGUGGAUACGGUAUCGAAAUAUCUGGAGAGAUCGAUGCAGAACUGUUCACUGAGUAACCAGAGAAUGAGUUUCGAAGAUGGGUUUGGUGUGACGGACGAGAGCGAUGGAGAUCAUAUACCGAUCAUAGAUAUAACGUUGGAGCUCAAUUCUCACAUCCCUGUUCCUUACCAUUUGGAACAGUGUCUUGAUCUUAAGACAGGAGACGUAAACCGGAACAGUGGAAUGAGAGUGAAGAAAGAUCCGAGGAAAUUGGUCAGUAGCAGCUAUGCAGAUCAAUUCAGUGGAGACUCCACUGUAACUGUGUUUUCAGAAGAAGGUAGCUCGUAUUACGAGAGCGAAGAGUCUUCAUCAGAGUCAUCGAGAGAAAUUUACAAAGAAGAAGUUCUUGUGGUAGCUGGUUGCAAAGCUUGUUUCAUGUAUGUCAUGGUCCCUAAACUCUUAACGGAUUGCCCCAAGUGUGAAGCUCAGCUUCUCCACUUUUGGUCGACCACAUUAAGCUUCUCCUUAGACCUCCUUUUUUCUUUCUUAGUUUUUUUCAUUUUUAUCUUCACAAAGAUUUGUUGGUUGCCUUUUUUUUCUUAUUCUCCUUUUAUAUCAUAAAAUAUUGGUCUUGUA